AUGAGGAAAACUUCAAGUCUGCCAAGUUUGCCUUAUUCAAGUAAAGAUAGUGAACCAUACAGGAUUGAGCAAGAUGUCCUCACUGGCAAGAAAAGAAAAUAUUUUCAUUAUAAGAGAGACUAUAAGGGACGUUUAAGCCUCACUUUUCAGAAAUUACAAAGAGCUAGUCGAGUAGAGGAUCACUCAACGUCUCAAUGGAAUAAGAAUUCGUCGAAUCGAUCGCCCAGAAGUGGACAUACGCAACAUAUUUGUUCCUUGGCAACACAUACAGGAAUCUCUGCUUAUACAAGCCUUCAAGCUCAAGAAGAUCUUAUCGAUGUUGAGAAUAAUUCACUUGAUAUUGCUAAAAACUCGUCCAUUUUUCCCAAAGAUUUAGCGAAAGGUGCAAGUGAUCGGAAUGAGUUUCAUCGCAAACUUAUGUAUUUAUUGUCCUCUUCAACCAAAUUAAACCGAACUUCUGAACAGUCAACGGUAGAGAGCGUACGGAAAUAUUCUCGACAGGUUAUCUUCGUUUUAGAAUCUAUGUAUAAAUUGAGCGAUGUACUUUGGCUUCAAUUGCAGGCAGUUGUUGCUGGAAGGCCAAUGAAAUGUCAAGAGCAGAGCCGAUCGAUUUCCGAUCAUGAUUUUUUUCUCGCAAAAUGUCGUAUGAAACAAUGUAUCAUUCUGGAUGAAAUUAAAAAUUUCCGCUUUGUGAAUUCGAUUGAUUCAGAUAACUCUUCGUUAACUGAGGCUGCUUUUCGCGAUUCAAUGAAAUUCAAGUUGAACAAAGUUCAUGAACUUCUUGAAAAAUAUGAGCAAUUCGAAUCCCUAUUUCCUUCAUACGCAUCAUUGCAGAAAAUUUAUCCUUCUGUUAAAGAAGUUCGAGACCGCAUAUUUCUUCUCUACAUGUGGUACAAUAUGACUAUAGCUUUAUAUUCUCGAAUACGAGAGGUUGGUGUUAUAUUAGGAAUGACUAAAGAUGAGACCUUAAGACGUCAUUCAUUUUCUCCUAAAAUAAAAGCUGAUAGCGGUGAUAGCGGUGAAAAUGUUACUGCAGUAUUCAGCUGGCCUACUUUGGAUAGUCCAGAAAAUAUCGAUGAAACGAUAUCUCGAAAAGGGAGUACACCAACUUGUACCUUAUAUUCGUCGCAAGUGUCUGAUGGUCGAUCCAGCACUUCUUCUGAUUUGCCCAGUUUGCUCGGCCCAUCGGAUAGCCUUUAUACCGGAUUCGUUUCAAAGUCUUUACGGUUGAAAGGAAUGCGUAAGGUUCUUGAACGGCUGGAAGGUGUCUAUUUAACCACUGUUAGAAAAGCUGUUGUGUUAUUGCAACGGCCUGUGAAUUCUUAUGCUGAAGCAGUUGGUUCUUCUCGAUUUUUUUCAAGCAACAAGUCAUUGAAAAUUUCUGAUGUGGCGAAAUAUACAGUUCAUCAUGCCGAAUUCCUUGCUAUGGGUUUGCCAUCAUUCGAAAAUCUCUUUUUGUUUUUGGUCCGAGUACCUUUGGAUUUAGUACACGAAUGGCUUAAAAUGCGAGCUUUUCCACAGCUGACAUCUGAUUCAUUGACUCUGCGAACGAUGAUCGAAGAUUACCGUGAUUGUCUUCGUGCCGCCAUAGGUGUAAAACAUAAAUAUGUGGAAAUGGUUGGGCUAUCAGGACUGGACAGUAAAACAAUAUUAAACAAUUUGGCACCGUUUGAAGAUCAUUUAAGUGACGUUUUUAAGGCAUAUCUGAAAUGCGUGCGAGAUUGGGCUCAGAUCGAAGUAUCAAUGGGAGGGUCUGGAACCGAAUGGAUUGAGCGAAUUAUGCAAAAUCUAUUAAAUGAAUGGACAGUGGCUAGAAGAUAUGCAGUCAGCGUUAUCUCUGGUGAAAGCGAAGUAGUUCAUCGUUUCUGUGUGAUUGGAGUCGAUUUGUUGGAAAAAAUGGUUAAGAGUUAUCUGUUAGAUCGUGGUAAUCUCGUAGAAGAUUUUCGAGACAAUUUCGAGGAUUUAUUGAUGGAAUACUGCCCAGAGUCUGAAGAACAUAACUCACCACGAAGGCAAAUUUUCAUUGCAUGUCGUUAUUUUAAAUCGCUUACUGUUCAGUUGCGCGAACGCUCAUUACGGGCUUUACUUUUUGUUCGAACAUUAUUAAAUGAUAUGGAAAUUUGUACGGUCGACGUAUCUAGCAUCAGCGAUCGAUUCAUAGUAUUUUGUGAUGCUAUUGCCGCAUCAAAUCCUGAUUUUAUCCAAAUUUUGCUGAAUAUCACUUGUUCACGAUAUGGAGAAGAAUUACCAACCAAUAUCGCUAAUGUGAAUGGUUAUUUGCUUUUGUUUCCCGUUGAAACUAAUAAAGGUUUUACUUGUGAUAUGUGGAAAGGAAGAAAAGUCCAUGUUGAUUUGGAUGCAGAUACUGAAAUUUCUUUAGGCUAUCUUCAGUUUUCCGGUGACGCUUGCCUUGUUGCACUUAAUGGGACAGUACUUCCUGCAAUGCGCCAUCAAUUAUCGGAGAAUUUGACUACCGAUUUGGAUUUUCUAUUGGAAGUAUUGGAAGAACAAGCAUCAUGUCAUGAAACUGUCUCAAGCCAUGUGGAGCAAUUAAAAGGUUUAUAUUCCGGUUUCAUCCAAAUUUUUCAAACAUAUAUAAAAGGAAUGGUUCAGGAAGUUGCUGUGGAAACAUGUGAUAUGAUUUGGAAUGAUCUUGCCGGCCGACUUUUCGAAGAAAUUCUCGAUGAUCGUGUAUUAUGCUCUCUUGAUCAAAAUGAGCUUGAAUCAUUAAGGGCAACCGUCAUCCAAGCAUAUAAUUUUGCUUUUGAGUAUCAUCGCGAAUUAUAUCGAAUUCUACCGCAAAAAAUUCGGAAAACAUUUGCGAAAAAAACUGCUAUGUGGUCAGAACAGUGGAUUAAUUUUGUUAUAGAAUUCAUGCACCGAGGUGAUGGUUCUAUUCCUUUAUGGUCAUUUCAUUCUUUCCAGUUUCUUACUGUAGCAUCUGAUCCACAAUUAACUUCUUUAUUGCCCGAUCAAAUAUAUUGUGUAAGUAGUUUUAUUGCUUUUUUUCUCUUCUGUUUUUUCUUUAUUCUUUUUGGUUUUUUUCAAAUUGCUUAUCCUGAUGAAUGCAGUUAUAUUCAACCGCAGUUAAAGGAAUUUUCAUUGGCAGUUCGAAGAGCAAAGCAUUCCGAUACUGAAGUGGAUAUUAAGAAUCGCUCACACCGAAUUCAGUUGGCUGUAAAUCAGCUGGAUGAUAAACGAGAUCAGCUUCUUAAAGCAGAAAAUAAGAUUGGUCGCGUGCGAGCGGAUGGCCGCCACAUUUUUUCUCUUACUACAUAUUUUAAUCCGAAAAAACGUGCACCAUUCGAAUGGCAAAGAUUGGAGAAAAAAAUCGGAUCGGGUAAAUUCGGCACUGUCUAUGUAGUGAUGAAUUUAACUGAUAAUUGUUUAAUGGCGAUGAAGCAAAUACGAAUUGAGAGGAAUCACAAAGCGCUGCAUGCAUUGGUAGAUGAAGUCGAAAAUCUGAGAUCGCUGGAUCAUCCUAAUUUAGUAAAAUAUUUCGCCGUCGAAGUACAUAGAGAAGAAUUAUUUAUUUUUAUGGAGUAUUGCUCCGAAGGUACACUCGAAACAGUUUGUCGAGAAGGUCAUCUAGAUAUGUGUUGCGCUCGUCGCUAUACUCAUUUUCUUUUAAAAGGUGUCGCAUAUAUCCACAAAAAGCUGAUAAUUCAUCGUGAUAUCAAACCUGCAAAUAUAUUUUUGGGACAGAAAAAUGUUCUAAAGCUGGGUGAUUUCGGCAGUUCAGUUCGUCUUAAAGGUUGCUUGACAGCUCGAGGUGAAGUAGCUGAGUGGGUCGGUACACCGGCAUAUAUGGCUCCAGAAGUGCAAACGUUAGGUGGUAAAAUCGAAUUGAGCGGUAAAGAUGAACACAUCGGUUAUGGUCGUGCUUCCGACAUAUGGAGCAUUGGAUGUGUGGUGUUGGAAAUGUGCACUGGCAAACCACCUUGGCACGAAUGCGAACAAUUUCUACAAAUAGUAUUUCGUGUUGGUAGUGGGAUGCGACCAACUAUACCCCAGAAUAUUCAAUCCGAUAGGGAUUGCUUUUCGUUUCUCGACCAUUGUUUUCAAAGUGAACCUUCUGCUCGAGCUACUGCUGAAGAACUCUUGCAACAUUCUUUUGCGAACAUUUGCGUCAGUGAAUUGGUUUUAGCAAAAAUUUGCGGCAUCUUUAAAAAAUAUUUUUUGAACUUUGAACUUACAACAGCUAAUAUUAAAUAUCAAGGUCUAAUUUUGUCGAAAUGA